AUGCCUCCCGCAACAGCCGCCAACGACGAAGCUCACCUGCAGCUCCUCAACGACCUAGACCUCGGCGCCCUCCCAAAGCCCUACCGCAAUCGCAACUGGAGGCCCUCCCAGCGCCGCAACAAAAAUGUCAAACAGAUAAUCUCUGAGAACCAGCGCAAAGAAGCCUCCGUGAUGGCCACGCAAGCCAACUCCGGAGCAACCACCCCCUUCGGUACCUCGGGCGUCACCACAGACGGUACCCAGACACCUACGGACGGAGCUGGCAAGGCGCCUAAUCUAGCUCAAGCAUCACAGAACCUGUCGACUCUUGUUCUGGAGAAGAAUGCCCGUGCGACCUACGCUACCGGACCUGCGGUCACUUACACCAAUAUUGAGUCGGCGCCCUCGCUGAAUCCUGCGCACCAGCGUCACUACUGCGAUGUUACGGGUUUGCAUGGUCCGUAUACGGAUCCCAAGACUCGGUUGCGGUAUCACAAUAAGGAGAUCUUUGGUGUUAUUCGGACACUGGCGCAGGGUGUCCCGGAGAGCUAUCUCGAAGCUAGGGGAGCUCAUACUGUCCUAAAAUAA